AUGAGGAAGGACAUGGGUGUGAGUAUAAGUUAUGUGAAGGCUUGGAAAGCUAAGGAACAUGCAUUGGAGUUGGUUAGGGGAUCACCAGAGGAAUCUUACUCGUUACUUCCAUCUUAUUUUGCUGUGUUAGAAGCCAAAAAUCCAGGUACGAUAACACAUAUUGAAACAGAUGAGAAUAAUCAUUUUUUGUACCGUUUCAUGUCACUUGGACCUUGCAUAAGAGGAUUUAGAAGUGUUAUUAGGCUGGUAGUAGCGGUUGAUGGGACAUUUUUAAAGGGUAAAUAUCUUGGCACUUUGUUUGUUGCCACAUGCAUGGAUGGCAACAAACAAAUAUACCCUCUAGCAUUCAGAGUUGGAGAUUCAAAGAAUGACGCAUCAUGGAAUUGGUUUUUGACAAAAUUACGAGAAGCAAUUGGGGAAAUUGAUGAAUUGGUGUUUGUUUCUGAUAGACAUGAAAGCAUUCGGAAGGCUCUAUCAACUGUUUUCCCCAAUGCCCAUCAUGGUGCAUGCAUAUUUCAUAUAAGUCAAAACAUUAGGCAUCAUUUUAAGCAUGAGAGAGCACACAAACUGUAUUUUACAGCUACUAAGGCAUAUCGAAUUCCUGAAUUUCAUCGUCUUAUGAUAGAAAUAUAUAAAGUCGACUCUGAGGUGGGUGAUUAUCUUCAUUCGGCUGGAUAUGAAAAGUGGACUCGUGCGUACUUCGAUGGAAAACGGUACAACAUCAUGACAACAAAUAUUGUUGAAUGUCUUAAUGCAAUCACCAGAGAUGCUCGAAAACUACCUAUCACACGAUUUCUUGAGUAUUUAAGAAUGAAUAUUCUGCAGAAGUGGUUUUAUGAGCGUCGAACUGAGGCAGCUAAAAUGAAUACACAUUUGACAUAUUGGGCAGACAAUUUAGUGCGAGAAAAUAACAAGCAAGGAUUAUCAUUACAGCUUUAUCCAUCACUGCCAUGUUUAGUAAAGAAUAAAUGUAUGUUUGCAAUGUUAAAGGCUAAAUUUUAUGCAGCAGUUCAGGGUAUUCAUCGACUUCUCUUACAGAUCACUAAUUGCGAAUUGCUUUUGUAG